AUGGAGAGCGAAAUGAUGACCUCUUCUACAUGGAGAAAAGUUGCAUACGGAGGCAUGCAACCCGGGUUUGACGACAACCACACAGACGACUCAUUCCUGGAAGAAAUGGUGAUGAAUGCCAACGUUGUCAAACGUGACAUUCUCAAAGUCAUGCUCGACUCUGUCUCCAUAUCUCAGUACCUCUGCAUUGUCGCUCUCGUAGGUUUGGUUUGGACCUACACCCUCAGAUCAAUCCUCAACGAAAACUCACUCUUGCUUCUUGACGUCACACUUCUCGGUUUAGGGUUCCUCGUUCUGCUUCUAACAAAAGAAAUGCUCUCCUUCAAUCUUUUCAUGCGUUACUUGCUCAACAUUUCGUUUUUCAUUAGUGGUUUGUAUGUUUUGGCUCCAAUAUACCAAACACUCACCACUUCCAUUAGCUCCAAUUCGAUUUGGGCCGUCACGGUUGCGUUGCUUGUCCUGCAUUUGUUCCUGCAUGAUUACUUUGGCUCCACUGUUAGGGCUCCUGGGGCUCUGCACAAUCCCACACUGACAAGUUGUAUUUCUUUGAAUGCUUCUGUUGUGGCCUCAGUGUUCAUUGCUUCUUGCCUCCGGUCUAGGUUGCAGGUUUUCGCAAUCAUGUUGUUCUCUCUGCAAGUGUUCCUUUUCGCUCCAUUGGUUACAUACUGUAUUAAGAAGUAUUCGUUCCGUUUACAUCUUUGGUUUUCUUUUGGGCUGAUGAUUGCUACAUUAGUGUUUGUUUAUACCCUACAUUUGUUGCUUUUUGUGAUGUUGUUAGGAUUGUUGGUUUUUGUCACUGUGGUUUGUCCGUAUUGGCUGAUCCGGAUGCAAGAAUAUAAGUUUGAGAUAAAGGGUCCUUGGGAUGAGGCUAAGCUUUGCUUUGAUAUCACUGAUUGA